CCAUGGACAGUAUCCUGGAGCCCUUCCCCGCCGAGCGGCUCUUCCCCGCCGCCGGCGCCGGCUUCCUCGACCUCGGCGACUUCAGCGAGGCGGAUUUCCUCAGCAAUGUGCACUUCUCAGAGAACCUGGAUCACUUCUCCGACAGCAUGGAGGAUUUCUCCAACGAGCUCUUCAGCAGCUUCUUUGAUGACCCAGUACUGGCCGAAAAGAACCCGCUGCUCGAUAUGGACCUGGAUCCACCUACUCCAGGCAUCCAGGCCGAGCACAGCUACUCGCUGAGCGGAGACUCUGCUCCCCAGAGCCCCCUCAUGCCUGUCAAGACUGAAGAUAACGCUAACGAGCUGGAGAAUGGAGUGUGGUCUCUGGGGCCCAAGCUCUGCUCCAUCCUGGUGAAACAGGAACAGAACGUGGCUCUAGACCUGCCCGAGUCCCAGCUAGCUGCCAGCUCCAUACCCAUGCUGAACCUCAACCCUCUGCAGAGACUGCCAGCCCCUGAGGAGACUCCCAUAGAAAUGACUCCAGCACCUGUGAUCAAAGCUGAGCCCAAAGAGGUGAACCAAUUUCUAAAUGUACCUGCAGUGGAUGACCUGGUGCAGAUGCCUCCAACUCCCCCCAGCAGCCACGGCAGUGACAGUGAUGGAUCCCAGAGCCCCCGGUCCCUGCCUCCUUCCAGCCCAGCCCGACCUGCUGCUCGCUCUUCUACUGCCAUCUCCUCCUCACCUCUCCUCACAGCACCACAUAAGUUACAAGGGACCUCUGGCCCUCUGCUCUUGACCGAAGAGGAGAAACGCACCUUGAUUGCCGAGGGCUACCCCAUUCCUACCAAGCUGCCCCUCACCAAAGCAGAGGAGAAAGCACUGAAGAGGGUCAGAAGGAAAAUCAAGAACAAGAUUUCUGCUCAAGAGAGUCGCAGGAAGAAGAAAGAAUAUGUGGAGUGUCUAGAGAAAAAGGUUGAGACAUACACAUCAGAAAACAAUGAACUCUGGAAAAAAGUGGAGACCUUAGAAAAUGCAAACAGGACUCUGCUUCAGCAGUUACAGAAGCUGCAGGCUCUGGUGGCUGGGAAGGUCUCCAGACCUUACAAAAUGGCUUCCACACAGACUGGGACCUGCCUAAUGGUGCUGGCGCUCUGUUUCGUUCUGAUCCUGGGAUCCAUGAUGCCCUGUCUCCCUGAGUUCUCCUCAGCAUCACAGACAGUGAAAGCAACACCAGCACCAGACAUUUACACAACUAGUAAGAUUCAGUCGCGGAGCCUCCUGUUCUAUGAUGAGGGUGCUGGCUCCUUAGAAGAGAGCUAUAGCUCCUUCCUAACCAUAGACCAUCCUGAGGGGUGGGAGGCUGAAAAAGGGCAGUCUGAAGAGCGAAGGCCUCAUCUGGCCAGAACACACGAGACAAGCAAAUAUCUAAGCAAAUCCCAGCUGGAGGGUCCUGACCAGAACCAAACUGACCCAAUUCUCACUCACCUCAAAGAGCAAUUCCAUGAGAGGGAGACAAGCUCCAGUGAGACAGCUGAAUAUUUGUAGCAGCUGCUGGACCUCAAGGCCUCAUCUGUCUGACUGCAGGAUUCCCUCCUCAUCGAGCAACCGAGGGAACUUGGCAGGAGAGGACGCUGCAUUCAGACCCUCCUAAACUGGCCUUGGGUUCAGCUCCUCCUCUUCCCCAUGGCCUCCUUAGUACUAAUCUCUCUUGAGAGGAGUUGUGGGAUUGCCAGAACUAGCAAUAAAAGACUGGCAAAGUCCUGAGACACCCCUUCCUCCUGGCCUUGUCUCUGGCUUGAAGGAGCGCUACCCUAUGGGUGUGGGCUCAUCCUGGAGUGGAAGGAGGUGAGAGGGAAGCCCCCAGACUAUUCAGCACAUUCCCAAAGCCCCCAAACCAAGGAGACUGUCCACAGGCAUGUUCCCUUGGUUACAUCAGAUGCACCUGAAGGAGAGAGAGUGAGUGCUGGGUUUACUACCGUGGGUGAUGCCAGGGGUAGGAGAGAGGACUCUGGAGAGUUUGAACUCAUUCCUUCCCCUCCAUCUGUUAAUAUGCUCAUGCCUCCAUUGAGAGAAAACCUAGAUCCUAUUGCUCUAGUUUGCUCAUGAUGGAUGUGCCUACAUAACAUCCACACCAACUAUCUGAAAAGAUCUGCACACAAACGGAGUGGGGGAGACAGAUCCCAGACUCAGAUAAACCACCAUGAAAAUUAACAGGCAGCUUCUGGGCAACCAGAGCUCUCUGAAAUAGAGAACAAUUUCCUCCCACAACCCACUUCUUCCCUUCCUCAGCACCCUUGCUGCACUAGGGUGAUAUUUCCCUUUCUGUCCCCAGCUUGGGCCCUACAGUGCAGUGCUAACCAAAUCAGUGGCCUUCCUACUGUCCAUUCUGCAGCCUGGCCUCUCUGUGUGGGAGAAACCUGCUUCUGUAACCAGCUCCCCUGCCAGCUCUGUAUUCUCAAUUAUACAUCAGAGCAAACAGGGCCUCUUUAGGAACCACCAAGAAGAGCUCUGCAGCUCUUGGAGGGCUGUCACUGGGAGCCAUCAUCCACCUCACACCCUCUGUGCAUGUAGCAGUUCUGUGAAAGCCACUGAGGACAUGCGGGCAGCUCGGGUGACAGGUGCUUCUGUCAGAAAAGAGGUGCAGUUGGCUAGUCACCAAAUACUGUUUUAGGCCUUUUAAGUGCUGGCACCAAAUGUUCCAGCCUCUUGCUGUACCACCCUUCAGGCCAGACUUGUUGAGUGCAGUGCUGAAACAAACUCAUCUCAAGCCAAUAGCAUCCCCCUUCAGCACCCGGUCACCCAUUUCUACCCCUUCUCCCUGCUGAAAGAUUCAAGCGUCCCUUGACUCCUGUUUCCUUGAUUGCCUUAUGCUGGAAGGACAAGGUGGGACACAAGCACCUGAGAUCACGGACGUGCCUUUUGCCCCAUGUUUGUAGGUGGCAGGUCUCACAGCAGACUCCCCUUUGCCUGGUUUCUCCUGAAACACCCUGCGCUCCACCCACAUCACCACAGCUGCUCCGCCAGGCCUGCUCUCC